AUGGCCCAAUGCAACAAAGCUCCUCUCCUGCUCAUACAGGACCAGCAAAGGUGCGCUUCAUCGGGCGUUGAACCUCGUGCCGGCCAGGGAAUCCCCGAGCAGCUGCAUGUGCCGGAUCUCCGGGCUUUCUUCAAGCCAGCAGUUGAGGGCGACCUCUUCUCGUGCUUCCAUUUUCGGCGACGGCAGGGCGCCGCUCGUGCUGCAGCCGCUGGCGGCUUGACCUGCUUGGCGCGUGCGGUCAGCCAGGAUGCUGCAGCCAAGAUCAUAUCUGGCUAUCAUGGUGUUCCUUGGAAGGAGGUGUUGGUGGAUGCAGCUGUUCCUCGUGCGUCUCGGUGCCUCAUCUCCCAAGCCCCCGCCCAAAGCAAGCAGACCGAUGUCUGGGAGCUGCAUCCGCCCCCUGCCCUCCCGAAGGGAAACGUUGGCACGAGCCGCUCCGCGAUUCUGUCCCAGAUACGUAGCUGCAGACUGCCAGCUGCAGUGGUGAAGAGGCUCGGGAUUGGCCCGUCAUGCCGCGUGCGAAGCACACGAGACUUUGCGGCUAUUCCUCCUCCACUGGCCUGGCAGGCGCCGGAGCCAUCUCAGCAACCCAAGGAGUCCCAAAGCCAUAGCGUGCCUUCGACUGCCUCCUUCGCCACGGCCAUCUUUGCACUCAGCCGGGAACGCCGGCUCAGUAAAACGGGGCCGCCACGGCCACAAAGGCCCAGGCAACCGGCGACCGAGAGAGAGGCUGACAAGGCCGAGGAGGACGCUCAGAAGCUCAAGCAGCCGCCGCCACCGAAACCGAGGCCUGGCAAAAAAGCCACGAAGCUCCGCCCUCGUAUGAUGUGUGCCGCGCACGAUGACGACAGCAGCCGCGAUGGCUCUCAGGAUAUUGAAGGACGUCACGUCCCACGGCCGCUAGACGAUGACGAUCAUUUCGAUGAGCCGAUAGAGAAGGCACCCCACUACGAGCGGAGUGACCGGCUUGACUCAGCAGCAGGAUACCUCUACGAGGACACAGUGGAGCACAUCUGGGACAAACAGGACGCAUCUGGUUUGGUGUGGUACACAGAUGCGGCCUAUUGGGAUAGGUUGGCAGGGGAUCUGGAUGAGCGAUGCGCAGAUGGCUGGGAUGUCGAGAGUGAGCCGCGUGAAGUUUCAAGUGACGACGACGUGGCUACCAUAGCACCCUCUGUAGAGCAGGGUGCCGGGUUGGAGGCAGUGCAGCGUGGUGUCGCAGGAAAGAUCAUGCGAUCUUGGGGCGCCGACCCUUCAGUCAAAAGGCCCAGCAGCACGCUACUGGCUGUCGUCGAGGGUCUUCAGCCAAACAUGUCGCGCACUGGUCUAGGCUGGGCUGGCGAGAGGUCGCGCAAAAAGCCUUCUCCUGGCCCUUGUGAAGACUGGCUGCGCAUUGGCUCCAUCUACGACCAGAAACGUCGCGAAGAUCGCGACGGUCUCAAGUUCCGGAAAGGCUCUGGUGGAAAGCCGUUGCCGGGUUUUUUCUCGGCGUCAGCUCUUGGGGAAGACCGGCGGCGACACCUGACCUUCGUACCUGCACAGCAUGCAGAAAAGAACGGCAUGCCGAACACCGGCGACGCGAUUCCGGACUUCAGUCUUCGCGACCACCUUGGAAACGAGGUGUCGCUUAAGACCCUCAAGGACUCAGGGAAGAAGACCUUGAUCUGGUUCUAUCCGAAGGCAGACACUCCGGGCUGA